AUGCUUAUCUGUCGCACGCCAUCCCUUCACAAUGCUUUCGGAUACAUUUGUGCUUCACAUUUGAUCGCCGACAUUGGUCAACUGCUCAUUUUCUCAUUAUGGUGUGCUUCGACUGCGAUACUGGGACUUCCCGACACAGUAACUUCGUCUUAUUUCGGUGGGAAAAUAGGCCAGCUCUCUUUCAUCACUCUG